CUAUUUCUCCAUGGCAUAAACGUCUUGGUUCUCCGAAAACCUUAUAAAAAAUGCUAUACUUCGAAAAAAAACUCGAGUUUACGAUUAUUUUGUGUUGUGUCCGCAGUGAGCGUUCCGCGAAAAUAAAGUGUUUUUUCCAGUGGGAAUAGUUUAUGUAGUCGAGCACACUAGGUGCGAAACGAGAGGUUAGCACCGGGAAGACGUUUUUCCGGACAGUGAGACCGGUAAUAAGCUGAGCUGAGUAGGUUUUCCAGUGUAGUAAAAACUCAGUUAUCUUCGUUCGCGCGGUGCGUGUGUGUCGUCCUCGUCUCCAUCACAGAGAUCAUUUAUGUGUAUAUAGGGAGAGCAAUAUAAUACCAAUACAAUAAUCAAAAGCACCUUGAGAUCAGUCCCAGAAUUGGAAAGACAUAAGUAUUUUGUUCCGGGAUUAACAGUGAUUCGGGAGAAAAUGCAUUUGGAACGCAAAUUGUGUUCGGUGCGGCUUUGGUCGGUAGCAAAAUAGACUACGAGGCGACAGGACAUUGGGUAAUGUUUUGAUCGAGUAAUCCAUCUGCCCAGCAAGUGAGCGAGGUGGGGAAGGACGAAGAAGCCUACAGCCGCUGGUUGUGAAUAAGAGCUUUGACUCGAUUCAUUUGAAGCUAAGUUCGAAAGUGUGCUGGAAAGAGAUAGUGCCAGGCAGCAACAUUCAGGACUCGGAUAGAUGAAUGAAGCGAUGGUGUAGCGCUUCCGGGAUGAAAGAUUGAAGCGAGAUUGCGUGACUUGUUCGGAAUGAAGAGCCUCUACAGAAUGCAUUUAUUAUCAUCUCACAAUCAAUGCAGCGAACGCGAAACAAACAAUUCUAUGAUAUGCCUAGCUGAUCGGCCCCCGCGAAUACUGUUCUAAAUGCUCUAGUGAAACUAUAAUAGUAAAUUGUCUUGAACGAACAAAUAGAAACAGCUAUUCUUGCUACAUAGCAUAAUGUGGAGCGCAUAAAGCAUAAGUUUGCCCGAAAGUUUAAUAUAAACCGUGGAAGUAAUAAUUAGAAGAGCAAUAACAUUUGGUAAUCCAACAACGCAUGUAGAAAUCUAGUGACUGUGGCGUGUAGUGAAUGUGUAGUUUUAAUUCUAAGCAUAUCUUGAAGAAGGCAUUGUUCAAACGGCUAUUCUGUGGGGAAUACUGAACAGUUCCGCACUCACCUACGGCCAACCCAAUAGGUGUGCGCGUCUGUAUCAGAGAUAUGACACAUAAUCUAGGAAUGGCGUCUUAUCGUCUACCAGGCCCAGGAUUGGGAUGUCCACCUGAUUUUAAAUCGCCAUCGGAAUCACCGCAGUUACCUAUUUCUGCGCCGAGCCAGCCGAAGAAGCGAAGAAAAACUUCGAACGCGAACAAUGCGAAUUCUGGGUCCUCGCAAGCAACGCCGACCCCCUCGCCGCAAGAUUUACUGCCACCACCUCCCACCGGAUAUGGUGAUACAAUAGUUGCAUCGAAUCCAUUUGAUGAUACACCAACACACAGCCCGUCGCCUCAUUUGGGUCAUAUGCAUCACGGAGGUCCGGGAAUGAUGGGUCAUAUGGGCGGAGGAGCAAUGGGCCACGGCGUUCCGAUGGGGAUGACUCACAUGGGUAUGCAUCCACACCAUAUGGGUGGUCCAUUGGGCCAUCACGGACCACCACACGGUCCACCCCACGGUCCUCCUCACGGAGGUCCACAUGGCGGGCCAAUGCAUGGUAUGCCACCGCAUGGAAUCGGCCACGGACCUGGGCAUGGUUCUCCUCAUCAUGGCAUGGGUCCAAUGGGGCCAGGGGGUCCACAAGGUCCUCCAAUGCGUGGAAUGAGUCCAAUUGGUAUGGGUAGUCCUAUGGGUCAUCCCAUGCACAUGAAUGCAGGUAUGGGACAGAUGGGUAGCAUGGGGCCACACGGACCUAUACAGCGAGGUGGAAUGAGUCCGAUGGGUACGAUACCAGGAGCCCAAAUGGGAGGUUUAAGUCCGAUGGGUGGUAUGAGUCAAAAUCUAUCACCAAUGGGAGGCCCAAUGGGUGGAAUGUCACCAAUGAGUCAGCAACAAAUGAACAACAAAUCUGUGGGCAGUCCGAUGAGUGGAGGGAACAUUGGUAGUCCAAUGAACUCGAUGCCUGGUAUGGGAUCACCUCAUAGUGGACAGGGUCAAAUGCUCGGAAGUCCGAUGAAUACGAGUGGCGGUCAUAUGAACAAUGGACCGAUGGGUCCUCCCAUGAACAGCCCUUUAGGAAAUGGUCCACCAAAUCAUGUUCCUCUAGGUCCCAACUCGGCUGGUCAUAGUCAACCAGUGUCUUCUGCGGGAGCAACCGUUGGGGGGCAAACAUCACCGAACGUGGCCGGCGUUAACAGUAACAAUAGAAUGAACUUACCCAAUGGUGCAAUGACAAAUCAGCAAUCAGGGAACCUUAAUCAAUUACCUCAUCAGCUGGGUCCUCAGUCGAAUAAUAGUCAGCAGGGUCCGGGACAAUCUCAGCAACAACUAUCGUCCCAACAUGCGAAUCAUCAAGUUCAAGUGAGUCAACCCAAUCAGUCACCAUCAUUGGCAGCGAACCAGCAGCAGCCACGGAAUCAAUCGCCUGCCGCUCAAUCACAGCCUCUUCCACCACAUCCACCACACCCGCAGCAGCAACAAUCACAUGCAUCUCCAAUCCCUCAGCAAUCACCUCACGGUCACCAUCCGCAGGGUCCCGGUGUUAACAGUGGCUCUGUAGGACCUGGUCCUGGUUCGGGAGGAGUACCUGGCGGUUCCGUUGGACCUGGAGGACCUCAGCAGCAACAGCAAAUGAAUCCAGCGGGUGUUGGGCCAGGUAACAAUAGCUUAGGUGGAAUGAACCCGUCCGGUAUGGGAUCCGGUGGAAUGGGUGGUAUACCACCAAACUCGAUGGGAGGCAUGAAUCAUCAUCCACCGCACCAUCCCGGCAAUCAUCCUGGAAAUCAUCCUGGAAACCAUCAACAAAACCCUCACAUGCCACCGUCGUUGGCCGGAGCGGGAGGACCAAAUAGCAUGCAUCAUCACAUGGGAAUGCCCCCGCACGGGAACCUACCACCUGGCCAUGCUGGUCAUAGGCCAUCGAUGGGUCCAGGCGGACCAAUGGGCCCUGGUGGUCCUGGAGGAAUGAGCAUGGGUGGACCCCCGAUGGGUGGUCCCCUCGGUCAUAUGGGUGGAAUGGGCGGCGGCAUGGGAGGUAGCCCACUACAAUCUCCUCACUUGAUGGGCGGACCGAUGGGAGGUGGCCCGGGUGGCGGUCCUGGGCCAAUGGGGGGACCAGGUGGACCCAUGGGUGGACUUGGACCGCCGGGGAAUGGACCUCCGAAUCAUCAUCAUCACAUGGGCAUGUUUGGUCCCAAGCCGAUGCCGGUGACGUCGGGGAAGCUGUAUCCUCCAGAUCAGUCCAAAGUGUUCAACCCGCAGAACCCAAACGCACCUCCGAUCUAUCCCUGCGGUGGCUGUCAUAAGGAGGUGCACGACAACGAUCAAGGAAUUUUGUGCGAAUCGGGGUGCAAUUUCUGGUUUCAUAGAACGUGCAGCGGACUAACGGAUGCGGCCUUCAACUUUAUCCACAAUGAAGUGUAUGCCGAGUGGUGCUGCGACAAGUGUCUGUCUUCCAAAAACAUACCGCUGGUAAAAUUCAAGCCGUAGUCAACCAUCAAGCAGCGGCAACAACAGCAGCAGCAGCAGAAGAAGCAAAUAGACAAGAUGAACGAUCAGCUCCAACUGCUUCUUUGGUUCGGUUGGAAAUCGAAUGAGCGCUACAAAAUGCGGCUGCUAUUUGGAAUUAUUGUUUGGGCGUUUUGGUUGGUGGUAUGGUGGUCAUACGAUGCGAAGAAGACAGAUUUUAUCCGUUGCGGCUAAGAGUAAGCUUGUAAAUAGAAUUCAUGCACAUGUUUUGUAUAAAUAGAGCGAAUGUGUGUCUAGCAUGCAUGAUGACGCUUGAUUGGGGAGAAUGGUUCUUCCAGGGAAGUUUUGAAACCAUUAGAAAUAGCUAAUUUCGCUGUCAAGGAUAUUGAUUGAUAACAAAAGCAGAAACAUGGAAGAGAGUUGAAGAAAACAGCGACAUAAUAGUGUUCUUAGAGGAAACGAAGGGAAAUAAAGCAAAUGCAGUAGUUAGUUAAAAAAACACAGAAACGAAAAUAAUUAUAUACAAAUGUGGAAGCAGAGCGCCAUAGUUAAGUUGUUUUUUCCUCAGCACAACACUUGACCGUUGCGAGCGAACAAUAUAUAAUGACUAAAAGCAAAAUAAAAAUGUUUUCUAUGGAACAAAAAGUUGCGAGAGCGAGAGAUAAGAGAGCAAAUCAUAUAAAGUUUAGGUUUAUAGCGCGUUAAGAAAAUAAAAACAAAAAUGGCCUUCUCAAAUAUAUACACAUUAAGUAUGGUUUAAAUAUUAUUUAAAAACGAAAAAAAGCAGAAAAAAUAACUGAUAAGUAAGUGAAAUAUUUAAAUUAUUUAAUAAACGCUAUUCCUGAUGAGCGAAAAGUUAUAAGCAUACACUGGAAAAUAAGAAAAGUCUGUACAAAGCGUUUUUUUUUUCGAAAUAAUGUAUACUUUGGAAAAUAAAGAAAAUGAACCUGUGAAAAUUCAAUUAGUGGGUAAAAAAUUAUGUGUAAAACAUUACUCCAAGUCAAAUGCAAGCUGAUAACGAAUGUUAUAUCAUGGUCGUUUAGCUGAAACAUUCAUAAUAUUGCCUGGUCAGUGUUUGUUGAACACAAUAGUAAAGGAGGAACACAUACAUCAAUCCUGCACCUAUGUAAGAUUGAAAAAAACUCACGAAAUGAAUGCAAUAUAGACUGUACAGCUGCAAAAAAAAAUCUUUUCCCAACUCGAGAAAUGGACGAGAAAAAACUAGUAAACAACAUGCCUCAGUUUUCUGAUUUUUUGUAGGAAACUAAUGAAACUGUAUCUCCUCCUCUAACAUCGGUCUCAAUUUUUUUUUUUUAUUAAGUUCCAACACCUCUUCUCCGCGAUGUUAAGUUGUAUGAUAUGAUGCAAACAGUUGUCUUGUUCAUCUCGGAAAGGACACCGCAAUCCGAACCUAGUUUUUAGACGGAAGACGCUCGUUUUGCUUCAGUUCGCAGGCUGAGUGGAAUAAACUAAUUUAAUAACUGUAUAAAUAACGCAACAACAAUGAAAACAAGAGAGAUUAUUUACUAACCAGCGACACGCUUAUUGCCUUUCGCGUUCGUUCUAUUUGUGCGUACGUUUACAACUAUCAUUUAGUUAGCUUCCUACUUUAGGACCCUCGGCAUAGAUGGACGCUUGAUAAGUGUACGUAGCUCGAUAUUCAAGCCAUGGUUCACGAAUCCGAAAUGCGUCUUGUUCUCAAUCACGCAAAAGGACACAACGUUCAAAGUAAACUAACAAACCGAGCAAUAUGUGCGAGAUCGAAAGGUUGAUUUAGGGGAGGUUCGAAGAAGAAUGAUACAAUUAACGAAUUCUACUUUGUGAGAGGACGACAGCCUUUUUUAGUUAAUUAUUGUAAUCUUAAACUAUUCAGUUUUUUUUUGUAAAUAUAGAUUUUAGUGAACAUUACUUGUUAUUUUUUAAUAUAACCAAUAAAUUUUAAUCAAUACACA